UUUCUCCAAUUCAUCUCCACGUAACACUAGUAUUUCUGUAUUUGUCCACAACUACUAGUACGAGUACAUCUCUCUCUCUCUCUCUCUCUCUCUCUCUCUCUCUACAAGUAUGUACAUAGUAUUUUGAUUUUGAUUACAUCCAGAAAUUUUGCUGAUGAGUGAAAACCCUAGAAAGUUGCUGUUGCAGUGAAUACACAGAAAAUCAACUUCUGGUUCUUGAUUUUCACUCUCCGUUUUUACCGCUCUCUCUCUAGAUUUCAAAUCCAAGACAGAUAAGACUUGAUAUGAAACGGAGUUAAAAAGUACCGUAAAAACUUCCGUUUAUUUAUUAAAUAUAAAAAUCUAGAGAGAGAGAUCAGAGAGUCGGCGAAGCCAGCCAGCCAGCCAGCAAAGAGACCGUUACUAUUAAAGAAACUGCCAGGGUGUACAAAUAAUACACACAAAUACAUAUUCAUCAAUUCUAUAGUGAUAUACACACUUAUAAAAGGUGGGAAGUUUCGAUGCCAAUUUUAAACGAUUGCGAUUUGCUUUCUGCUCCAUUUUUUAUCUCGAGAGAGAGAGAAUUACAACAGCUCUUGAGGAUCGCAACAAAGACUGAAUACAUGUUCAUACACAGACACAACUUCAGGGUAUUCUGCUUUUUAUCUCUUGCUUGAUUCCUUAUACGGUGAUCAUAAGCAGAUUGGAUUGAUGUGCAAUGCAGAGAUCACGUAAAGCUCUUCUGCAUAGAAGAGCUUUGAAUGAGAUCCUUGGAAGGAAUCACUUGUUUACAGUUUCUUUAUCGCUUCUUCUUUUUAUGUGGGGGCUUGUCUUCCUCUUGAAUAUAUGGAUCAGUCGCAGUGAUGGUUAUGAUGAUGGAUCUGGAGAAUUUCCUGGUCGUGUAAGCAAUUGGGAUGAAGAUGAGCUGGGACUUGAUAAGGGCUCUUGUUCUGUUGGUGAAAGUCCUUUUGAAGUGCUUCAUUCUGAGGAGGCUUGUAAGAAUUUUUUCACGAAUGAGGAUGAAACCAAGAGUGCAGGUGGUCAAUCAGAAGUUAGUGAAGGGAGGAGUACAACUAAUUUUGUCACUGUUGAAGAGCAAGGUGAGGUGGAGAGAACGAAUGGGGGAACAAAAUCUGUAGGGGAUGCUAUAAAAGCUGACAGGAUCGCUCGUCCUGUGCUUUUGGAUCUUGAUGAAUUUAAGAGUAAAGCUUUUAAUUCCAAAAGUAGAACUGUAACUGGUCAGACUGGAGGCAUAAUACACAGAGUGGAGCCUGGUGGCAGAGAGUAUAAUUAUGCUUCCUCUUCAAAGGGAGCGAAAGUCUUGGGUUUUAAUAAGGAAGCCAAGGGUGCCUCAAAUAUCUUGUGCAAAGACAAGGACAAGUAUCUUCGGAGUCCAUGUUCUGCUGAAGAGAAAUUUGUUAUCAUUGAACUGUCGGAAGAAACUUUGGUUGACACAAUCGAAAUAGCAAAUUUUGAGCAUUACUCAUCUAAUUUGAAGGAUUUUGAGCUGCGUGGGAGUUUGGUUUAUCCCACUGACACAUGGUUUGAACUUGGUAAUUUCACUGCGGGUAAUGUGAAGCAUGCUCAAAGGUUUGUUCUCAUGGAGCCAAAAUGGGUGAGGUAUCUGAAAUUAAAUCUUUUGACACAUUAUGGUUCAGAGUUCUACUGCACGCUGAGUGUCGUGGAAGUUUAUGGAGUUGAUGCUGUUGAGAGGAUGCUUGAGGAUCUGAUUUCUGUCCAGGAUAAUGAGUUCCUAUCCGAAGAGCGAAGUGGGGAUCAGAAACCAAUUUCCUCCCAUCCAGUCUCCAGUGGGGGUGGUUUGAAUUCGGAUUUUGAUGUCGAAGUGGAGCCUGAUCCUGAUCUUGACACCUCUGAUGUGAAACGUGGGGUUUCUGCUAUUGAUGUGCCUGAUCCAGUUGAGGAAAGACGUCUUCAGCAGAACGGCAGGAUGCCUGGUGACACAGUUUUGAAGAUUCUAAUGCAGAAAGUUCGAACGUUGGAUUUGAGUUUGUCAGUUUUGGAGCGAUACCUGGAGAAACUAAAUUCCAGAUAUAGCAGCAUUUUCAAAGAAUUAGACAAAGAAAUAGAAGAGAAAGAUGUCCUGUUGGAGAAGAUAAGAUUGGACAUGAGGAGUCUUUUUGACAGCAAGGAGGUCAUGGGUAAAGAAGUUGGUGAUCUUCUUUCUUGGAAAUCCCUCGUUUCCAGUCAGCUGGAUAUUAUACUCAGGGACAAUACCGUUCUCAGGUCGGAGGUUGAAAAGGUUCGAGCAAAUCAAAUACAUAUGGAGAAUAAGGGAAUAGUUAUAUUUCUUGUAUGUUUAUUUUUCGGUUUGUUAGCCCUUGUUAAGGUAUUCACAGGCAUAGUGUUGAGUAUUUAUUAUAGAUCAGGGAAUCCCGGGAAUUUUUGUACAAUAAGUUCUUCCUGGUUUUGUCUAUUGUUGAGCUGUAGCAUUGUUACUAUCAUCCUGUCUAUAUAAUUAUGUGAAUGCCCAUUUCAAGCUA